GCCUUGGUGGUAGCUGUGAUAGCAAGGAAACUGGAACUGACCCGAGCAGAAAAGCACGUCCACAACUUCAUGAUGGACACUCAGUUGUCCAAGAGGCUGAAGAAUGCCGCGGCGAGCGUUCUACGGGAAACAUGGCUCAUAUACAAGCACACGAAGUUAGCCAAACACGUCUGCCCUGGAAGAGUUCGUCUGCACCAGCGGAAGUUCCUCCUCGCCAUCUAUACUUUGCGAAAGGUGAAACUGGAACAGAGGAAGUUGAUGGAUAAUGCCAACACGAUAUCUGACAUGGCGAAGACUUCCAACAGCAUCUAUGAAGUCGUCAGCGAUCUUAGUCAACGGCAGAUGUCUUUAGAAGAUCGCCUUCAGAUUGCAACAGAACGAAUCAUAGCCAUCCAGGAAACCUUGGAUAAUCUGCCGGAUCUUCUGAUGUGCAGAAUCCAAGCUUGUCGAAAACCUUCCUACCACCAGCCAGCGACUGGACCCUCUUGGGCAAGUAUAUCAUCCGUCAACUUGCCUGCUUCUCAGAGACGAAGCUGCACGCUUGGCUUACCAACUGUCGUGCCACGAUCAGGUUCUGCCAACACAUAGCUGAAGCAACAGCAUCUGGCUGGAAUAGGCAUGUCUUCGUUCAUUGAGUGGACGAAGAGAAAACGAAUAUCUCGUCUUGCAAAGAAUCAAGUUCCCCAAAUGUAAUCCAUACGGUUUCUGGAUGAUUGUAUGGCAUUUCCAUAAAUCUGAGAUGACGAGAAAGAUGACACAAGCUUUCACAAUCUCCUGUUUGGGGAACAUCGAAUCAAUUUUACGAAAAUUAUUUGUCGUCGAACAUUCUAGGAUAUCGCUCCAAGCUUAUUGUUACUUCUGUUUCGGCAGCCGCAGGAAAAUUGUUUUAAGGCGUCUGCGAAGUUUUAGGAUUGAAGUUUUUUCAAUCUACCCCUCUAAAGCUGCAAGAAGAUAAAACUGUCGUAAUUGUUCCUAAUACAUAUCAAUUUGCCUCCUUUAAAAUGUCAUCCGGACCUACCUCCUUUAAAAUGUCAUCCGAAUGGAUCAUUGACGGAAAGAAACUUAACUGUAAUUAUUCGUUUGAU